GCCGGGGGCGGAGUAGUGGACGGGCCACCUAAACCAACUGAAGCCGCGACGGGGCGGGCCAGGACUGAAUCCCACUCGACUCGUUACUGGUCUCCAGCUCCACAGCCCCCAUGAUGGCACCACCACUCACUCCAUAUCGCCGCUGCAAGGUAGAUGCUAAGGUCGGCGGCGUGGAGGAUGCAGAAGAUUUAGGAAGAUCUGGGCUCGGCGAGUUAGGGGGCGAGCAUGGAGGGCAGUCAGAUUUGGAGGAGCGAGAUUGAGCGAGUGGCGGCGGAGGCCUGUGAAUUAGGGUUUCCUCUUAUACAGAUGGGUACAUGACUUGUGGUUUUAGGUUCCAUUGCGCGGGAGUGCGACACGGUUGGGCGCGGCCCGUGGGCGCGCUACUUUUUUUUCCCGCGCUGGAAUUUUUGGAGCGCUAGAUGUGGCAGCUCGGUCAGACAGGCAAAAAAAACACUUUUUCCUUGGCAGCCCGGCCAAGGAAACGCAUGAUUUUCUUGGCAGCUCAUGAAAACAGCCAAAAAAAGAUACUAUUUACUUGGCGGCCCAUAAAAACAGCCAAGAAAUUUCAUUUUUUUGGUGGUUUGUUGUUAUCGCCAAGGAAAAGUUAUAUUCCUUGGCGGCUCAAUUGCGGCUGCCAAGAAAAAUCUCGACCGCCAAGGUAAAUCUGGAUUGGUGUAGUGGCAGCCAUGGAUUCUGGAAAAUUCAAACAUGAGAUUAUUGUCCCUGUGCCUACAAAGAUCGUUGAUCCUAAAACUGGAUAGGAGAAGAAAGUUGUGAUAUCUGUUGAUGAUGGAAUUAGGCCAGGCACCACAGCAUCUGGAUUGGUUGGCGAAGCUUAAACCAGUUUUAAUUUUGUUGGUCCAGAGGCAGGUUUAACAAGGGACAUUAUUCGGGCUCUGUUUCAGUUCGAUAACUGUUUGUUUAGUAUGUUAACUACUAAUCUAUCAAUUUAAUAUUUUUUGCUAAAAGAAUCUUACUACCAAUAACUGUGACAAUAAAGAAGUUUGAACAUUGCUUAUUUUCUGUUGUGUGUAUAGUCUGGAUUUCACCUCUUUUAUUCAUAGACGAAGUUCAAGCACUACUGGAAUGAUGAUUUCCCUGUGGGUGACUAAUUUUUUUGACGGGUUCUCAAAAACACACAGGGAAAUUCAUAUUAUUCUAUCGGGUCUUGAAAAACUCACAGAACAAAUAUGUAAUACACAAAAAAAAUAAUACAUUAAUAUGUCAGGUAGGAUAAAACUCACAGAAAAAUUACUCCACACACAGUAAAAUACAUAUUUACUCUGUCGGGAUGUAAAACACACAAAAAAAAUAAAUUAAACGCACAGAAAAGUAGUAAUUAACCUGUGAGUGUUUGAAAACACUCAAGAAAAUGGCGGCAUACCCUCAAAUAAAUUAACCUGGGCGUGUUCGAUGCAAUCUUCAGCGCUUAUUUUUUCCUUUCCCGCCGAACGCUUCGUUGCUUGGCGCUCAGAUUCUGCGAUGGCGCGCUGACCGUGAAAAGAAAAUGAGAAAGAAUGAACUCUCAAACCCUAGAAACCAGUUACAAUUGGUGCGCGCAGAUUCCGCGAUGGCGCGCUGACUGUCGCUAUUGGUGCUCAGAAGAGUUCAAGGUGAAACGAAAGAGAGGGCAGGAAGCACACUUGAAUUCUGAAGAUAUUGCUCAAAACCACGGAGGAUCUAGACCAUUCACCGAGACAAAACAAGUUCUGGAAACUAUGUAUGGACCUGAGAAGGCAACUCCUCUUAAUGUAUAUGCAGUGAUGAAAUCUGGUAUAAAAAGUGUGGAUAGCAGUGGUAAUAGUGGUGAAAUCAGGAGCCACAAAGCUCAAAAGCGCAUGGAUGACUAUAUUCAACGAGCUGGCAGGGCUGCACAUCCAGGAGGAGCGGAUGAGGACAUGGAAGAUGUAGAGGGAGAGGAAGAGCAUGUGCAUGAGCAACCUUUGAAUGAGCAGGUGCUGUAUGAUGUGUCUUCUGAUUCGAGAACCCAUGGGCGUUUUGCAAUAGCAAAUGGUGCCGUUAGGGCAGCAGAUGUGAGGGCUGCUGCAAGGGAGAGGGGUUUGCGGCCAUCAAAUCCAGUGUCCUUGCAAAGCAUGGCCCGAGAAAUAGCACGCCUCCGUCGUGCAAAUGCAAUGUUACAGCAAGCAAACCAUGAGAAGGAUAAUGCACUGCAGCACUACAAAGUUACUACAGAGUUGGCAUUGGGACUGUAUCGGGAAUUUGGAAAGGAAAUUCCAGAGGAUGCAUUGCAAUGCCUGUCAGCUGCCCAAGCAAUUGUGACUAUUUAUGUCACUUUCUUGCAUUCUACCUCAAGGAUACAUCUCUCCAUACAGGCAACUAGAUCAUCUCAUGUUGGCUCGGAGUCCACUAACAAUAGCAUUGAUGAUGAUGGCCAUGAUGCCGAGGAUCUUGGCCGAACACAUUGACAGCAAUAUUGAAGCCAGCAACCAGCAGAGCAAAAAUAAUGCAUAUGUGGUACCAAGAAGGUUAUUAUCUCUGCUCCAAGCAUGGACCUAUGAUUGUUGUUCGUGUCAAUGAGGACAAGUACAGCUCAGAUAUGAACAUUGUCUUCCAUGAUGCCCCGGGUGUGCAGGAUGUAAUCCGUGGAAGAUUGUUGGUUCGGUGCAUAUAUUUUGUUUAGGAUGCUAUUUUUUGUACGAAAAGCAGCACCUGCUCUUGUUAUAGGAGACAAUUUCCUCUACCUCCAUGUCACUCGAAGAUAAUAGUGGAUUUGUAUGAGUUCAAUAGAUUAGGACUGCAUUUGUAAUAUAUACAACAGAUAAAAUAUGUGAAUUUAUGAUGUAAAGAAUGGAUCAAAAUAUGUGUACAUAUGAUGCAUAUAUAGAAGGAUAUAUUUUGUUA